AUGACAAAGAUUCAAGUCGAGAGCCAAGGAGAACGAGGAGAAGUUAUAGAGAUUGGAGGCCUCAAAAGCUAUGCCAGUGGCCCUAAUGACUCCGAUACUGCCGUCAUAUUGGCUUCAGAUGUUCAUGGAUAUGGCGUUCCCCACUUGAGGAAUAUAGCUGAUAAAAUUAGUGCAGCUGGAUUUUAUACUUUGGUCCCUGACUUUUUCAAUGGAGAUCCUUUUGUUUCAGAUCAACCUAAUAAACCUUUCCAAGAUUGGCUCAAAAAACACCCCGCUGAAAAGGCAAUUAAAGAUGCAAAUAAAUUUGUUAAAGCUUUACGAAAGAAAGGAAUAAAAAAAAUUGGAGCUGCAGGUUUCUGUUGGGGAGGCAAGGUUGCUGUGGACCUCUCGAAGCCACCUUCUGUUCGAGCUGUUGUGUUGUUACAUCCCACAUACAUCAAUGUGACAGAUAUUCAGGGUGUUAAUGCUCCAAUUGCAAUUCUUGGAGGUCAGAAUGACACUCUGGUUCCACCAUCUCUUAUCAAACAAUACGAGUCCGCUUUGAACGCAAGGCAUAAGGUUGAGAGCUUUGUAAAGAUAUUUCCGGGAGUUAAACAUGGUUGGACCUUAAAGUAUAACGAUACAGACAAAGCUGCUGUGAAGAUGGCAGAAGAGGCUCACAAGGACUUGUUGAGUUGGUUUGUUAAGUAUAUCAAAUAA